CACGGCGCGAAUGGCGAGGUGCACGAGGUACUCUCAUGGUCAUUCAGCUCGACUCUGCAGCUGCCGACAACCGGCAACAAUCACAAAAAAACACUAGUUAUCCUCCUGUCCGUGCUGGUUCCUCUGGUACUCCUGUUGGUAUGUGCGGCCGCCUUGGCACGGCGGCGACACAAGAAAAAAAGAUCGAUGAGAGCGAAUGAGGACCGCGGCACGGAUAGCGGUUCCGAAGAAGAGUGUAUCAACAGAGCUGAGCUCCAGAGAGGUGUGGCUGCCGGCGGCCCCAAACGGUACUCGUACCGCGACCUCGCCGCCGCAACGAGCAACUUCGCAGAGGAGGAGAAGCUCGGACGAGGCGGCUUCGGGAGCGUGUACCUUGGUCACAUGGCACUCGUCGGUGGUGACCAAGACCGUCGUCCGGUGGCGGUAAAGAUGCUGUCAGCGGAGUCUUCCGCGCAAGGGAGGAAGGAGUUCGAGGCAGAGGUGAGGAUCAUAAGCAGGCUGAAGCAUCGAAACCUUGUGCAGCUGCUAGGUUGGUGCGACAGCCGCAAGGGGCUCCUGCUUGUCUACGAGCUCGUCGCAGAGAGCAGCCUCGACAAGCACCUCCACAGCAAAGACAGAUUCUUGACAUGGCCGCAGCGGGACAACAUAAUCCUCGGCUUGGGAUCCGCGCUGCGGUACCUCCACGGGGAGUCGGAGCAGUGCAUCGUGCACGGCGACAUCAAGCCAAGCAACAUCAUGAUCGACUCGUCGCUGAGCACCAAGCUAGGGGACUUCGGGCUGGCACGGCUCGUCGACCACGGCACAGGAUUGUUGCAGACCACCAAGGCCGUGCUCGGCACCGCCGGGUACAUCGACCCAGAGUUCGUCAACACGCGCCGGCCAAGUACCGAAUCGGAUGUGUACAGCUUCGCCGUCGUCCUCUUGGAGAUCGUGUCGGGCCGGCGGCCGGUGAUCGAAACCCCGGAGAGAACCUUCACGCUGCUGAGAUGGGUGUGGAGCCUGUACGACAGGAACGCUAUCCUGGAGGCGGCAGAUGAGAGGCUUAGGGGCAACGAGGCGAACGACUGGUGGAUCGAGCGCGUGCUCGUUGUCGGGCUCUGGUGCGCGCUCCCGGAGAGGAGCGAGCGGCCCUCCGUCACGCAGGCCAUGCACAUCCUGCAGUCGGCGGAGGCCAAGCUGCCGGCGCUCCCGCUGCACAUGUACAGGACCGUACAUGAUACUGCAUCGUCGACUGGCCCGUACGGAGAUACCUCCAGUGGAGUUCGCUCCUCUUCGAUCAACACCGUCGACCCCAGCCUUUCUUCCAUGGAUGUCACCAAUUGAUGAUUAACUUCCUGUUU